CGGGCGCGGGGAAAAGCCCGGCUAACUAUUGACGUCUCAGGGACCAUCAGCAAUUGGUUGGAAGGCGCUGACUCCAGAUCCGCUUUCCUACAAUCCCAGCCGGGAUUUCUCAGGCGCUCCAGGACCGGGAGGACCCGCGGGAUUAAACGGUCCGGGGCGGGGCGGGGCGUGCGCGCAGGCUCGGUCCAGAUUGACCGCUUGGGGCGGCGCGCGGUUUGGCGGGAUUUUUCUGGCUCCAUUUACCCGCAGAGCCUUGAACUCGGAUGGCUCCGUCGCGGCGGGUGCGGGGCCCGGGGCGCGGCGGUGUGAGAUCUUCAAAGAACUCUAUAGGAAAAACACAUUCCACGAAAGAUAAAGCUGGCCCAGAGCAGAAGCCUACUAAUGUAUUUGAUUUUCCCGAUAAUUCUGGUAUCUCCAGCAUCAGCAGACUGGGUGAACAUGAGAAAGAUGAAGAACCUUAUGAAAUCUUCGACCCUCCUUUACACAGCACUGCUAUAUAUGCUGAUGAAGAAGAAUUCUCCACACACUGUGGUUCACCCAUCCCUUCAACUCCUGAAGGAAAAGAAGUGGAGAAAAGGUCAGACACUUACGAAAUCGAAGCAAGUGAAGACAUGUCUGUAGAAAUGAGUGCAAAAAAGCCAGCAAGAAAAGUCAAGCCCAUUAGCAAUGAAUCUGAAAGCCCCGAAGAAGGUGAUAUAAGAAGGAAAGUUAAAGCAGCAGAGAAAAUGAGUACAGAACAACGUGAACCUGUUUCAGAUACACCGCGUAUAUCUUCGGAACUUCCAGAGAAACCAGCUGAGUCCACCACUCCUAAAAGAGUAGGACCCCUUAGUGCCACGUCUGGUGUUGAAAAAGAGACCCUGGCAACAGAAAGUCGGUCGAAAACUCAGAAAAAGAAGAUGUUUCCCGGCAAAAGGAAGAAAUCAAGAAGUGAAGCCAUAGACUCAGAUACGGCCGACUGUGUUCAUAUUUGGUGUCUAAAAGGAAAGAAAGCCAGUGAUCUCAUGGAAUUAGAUGUUGUUUUGUCUGCAUUUGAGAAAACCAUCCUAGAGUAUAAACAAAAAGUAGAAUCUAAAAUCUGUAAGGAAGCCAUCAAAAAAUUUCAUGCUCAUAUGGAAGAAGAACUCCUCAAAAUGCUCAAAGACAUCCAGACGUCGAAAACCCUGAAAAGGAAGAACACGAAGAUUAUUUCAGAUAUUGAGAAGAAAAGACAGCGUUUGCUCGAACUCCAGGAUGAACUGCUUCGGUUAGAGCCACAGAUGAAACAACUACAAAUAAAAUACGUCGAGCUUGAGGAGAGAAAAUCUUCCCUUAGGAAUGCAGCAUGUUUCUUAUCUAACUUAAAACAGCUUCAUCGAGAUUAUUCAGAUACUCGAGAGAAAGAACCACAUGUAAAAGAAACGUAUGAUUCAUCCAGCCUUCCAGCUCUGUUAGUUCAGGCAAGAACCCUUUUAGGAGCUGAGACCCAUCUGCAAAACAUCAACCAUCAAUUAGAGAAGCUCCUUGACCGGAAAUGAAGCCAGCCGACUAAAACAUGCCGAAUAGAAGGAUCAGUCCCCUGCUGCAGCCUGUGGUCUUCCGAUCCAUACUUUUGUAAAUAAAAACUCCCUGAAAAGUUAA